CUCAUCCAAGCAGCUCGAAUCGGGCGGUGCAUGGUGUUCGUGUUCAAUAAGUUCGUGAAACAACUCCCACACGGUGGAUAAAAUGCAUCGUAACGGCGUUACUUUGCAACGCGUCGUGUUGCUGCUGCCGGUGGGACUGACGGUGCUACUAAGUGCGAACAAUUUAUCGGUUGUAUCCGGCGCUGCUAGCAACCCGCUGGCAGAUGACGAGGAAGUGACAAACACAACUACGGGCAUUGUUGAUAACGUGUCCAAUGCACGAGCCGCCAUCGAGCGGUUCAAGAUGAGCGUGCCAACGGUGGACUAUCUGCUGCUUGCCAGCACCGGACUGCAAGAGUAUGUGACCAAUGUGACAGGUCGGUUUGAGGCCACGUUUAAAGACUUCACUACGCGCGAGCUGGAAUCGGUGCAGCAUGCGCUGAUUGAAACGAUCCGCUACCUGAACGGGUACGACUCGGUGAACAGCAUUUCGAUGCUCCAAAAUCUGGACUACAGCAUGUACAACCACAACCUGAUGCGUUCGAUUAACAGUGAUCUGAGAAUAGCGUCGAUAAGCCUCUCGGAAGCGCUGUUCGACCAGCGUGACGUGAGCGUUGCGGUGGAUGACAUUUUCGCGGCCACGGACAAGCUGCAGGAAAACGUCCUACGACUCGCGGACGUCAUCGAGAAAGGAGAAGCAUGGACAGUGGAAACCAACGCACGUGCGCUAGCCGCUCAGCAAGCUUUUAACGAAUCGAUCGACACGUACCUGAAUGGGUCGCUCACGCUAGUGGAUGACAUCGUCACGGCACUGGACGAUCUGCGCACGUACGAGGAGGAUAUGUAUCGGCGGCUGAAGGAGAAAAUUCCCACCGCCACCUUUCCCAAAUCGACCACCAACUAUUUUAUCGCACUAAAGAAGGCACUCGAAAACACGAUCCAGAAGAUACGCAUCAACUUCGAAAAUCUGAAGCUCUACAAGCACCGCGACAUUGAGCAGUGGAAAUCGCGCGGCUCGAUCACGGCCCCGAUCGGCUACAUGACGCAGGUCGCCGUACAGGUUGCGUCCGAUCCGAUGCUUGCGAACGACUGCACCGAGUCGUACAUCGAGAAGAUACUGGCCUUCCCGAACUUCACCAUCGCUCACGUGAACGGGUGCCUCGCGGAGCAGACGGUGAACGAGGAGAAAACGUUCGCGAUCAUUUCGCAACUGCUGGACACGUACGUCGUGGGUGCGAUCAAUGCGUCGUACGGUGCGUUUGACAUUUGUUUCCGCUAUGCACCGCGGAAGCUCAACUACUGUUUGGAGUUGAAUGGAUACGAAAAUAGUUGGGCAAAUGGAAGAAUAUUUAAUGCGGCAAAGCAGGUGGAAUCAUUCGUGGACAGUGAGAUACAGCAUAACUUCAACUCCUGUGUGGCGCAGAAUGGAUACUUCCUGAACUAUCACAACAUUCAGGAGAUGUGCAUCUACAGCAAGAAACGGACGCGCUAUCGUAAUCGUUUUACGAAGUAAUUUCUUAUCCCUUCAAUAAAAGCAAAGAGUUGAAUUCCA